AUGGUUACUGUUAGGAGUGUGAUUGCUGUAGCAGCUUCCAGACAAUGGAACCUGAAAUUGACUCAUGCUUUGUUGGAUGCUGGAUUCACUCGAAGUGCUCAUGACUAUUCUCUCUUCAUUCUACAUCAAGGUGAUGACACAAUGGUAGUUCUUGUAUAUGUUGAUGACCUGCUCUUCACUAGAAGCAAUGCUGCAUUGAUUGAUGCAACAAAAGCCAAGUUGCAUCAAUAUUUCAAGAUGAAAGACUUGGGGAAUCUCAAAUACUUCUUAGGUAUUGAAGUCCUCAGAUCAACUUCAGGGAUGAUAUUAAACCAAAGGAAAUAUGUCCUAGAAUUAAUUUCAGAUACUGGUCUUAGUGGUUCAAAACCUGCAAUCACUCCCUUAGAAUCUAAUGUAAGGUUAACCUCACUUGAGUAUGAUCAAACCACAGGUGAAAAAUGUGAUGAUUUGUUGUCUGAUGCUUCUUCUUAUCAAAGACUAGUAGGUAAACUUAUGUAUGCCACUAUUAGUAGACCAGAUAUCAGCUUUGCCGUCCACACUCUCAGCCAGUUUAUGCAAUAUCCCAAGAGAUCACACUGGGAGGUUGCUUUCAGGGUAGUCAGGUACCUCAAAGGCUCUGUUGGUCAAGGAAUUUGGUUAAACACUGAACAUUCUACCACUCUAACUUGCUGGUGUGACUUAUAUUGGGCUACUUGUCCCAACACCAGGCGAUCAGUUACUGGUUAUGCAGUUCACUUUGGUGAAUCUUUGAUUUCUUGA